GUGGCUGUGUACUUCAGCCAGACGGAAUGGGAUGCACUGUCGCCUGCACAGAGAGCCUUGUACAAGGAUGUGAUGCUGGAGAAUUAUGGGAAUGUGGCCUCACUGGGAUUUCCAUUUCUCAAACCUGCUGUGAUCUCACAACUGGAGCAAGGAGGUGAGCUGGAGCACCCAUUGCCACUGGCCACUGGAAGUGGAAUAGGCCCUCAGGUAGGUACUAAUAUGCAGACAAACAGUAAUUUGACAAAGGAAGUGUGUGAAGAAAAGGAUAGCACAUCAUUUGAACUUCCAAGGGCUUUUCCCCUGGAAAUAAACUUUUCAGAAACCUAUAUACCAGAGCAACUACAGAAAGUCCACUCAGCAGGAAGGAUGAAGAAGGAAAACAGCAGCAACAUGAAGGGAGCAGUAAAAGAUGAAAUAAACUCCAUGGAGGAGUAUUCCAUUAGUCACAGUCCAAACUUGUUUCAGCAUCAUAGUAUCUCCACUGAACAGCAGUACCCUGAUUGUAUAGGACUGAUGAAAGCCUUUAGCUUUGACACAGAACUGAUUAAGCAUGAAAUAAUUAAUACUGUGGAAAGACCUGUGAAAUGUGAGGAUUUAGUAGAAAUCUUUAGAUUUGACCCUCAACCUAAUCAGUAUCUAGAAAACUACACUGGGGAGAAGCCUUAUCAGUGUGUGGAGUGUGGCAAAGCCUUCAACGUUAUCACAGAAUUAAUUUGGCAUCAGAGGUUUCAUAGUGGGGAAAAACCCUUCAAAUGUGUGGAAUGUGGGAAGUGCUUCAGUUACAGUUCCCAUUAUCUCACACAUCAGACAAUCCACAGUGGGGAGAAGCCCUAUCAGUGUAAAGUUUGUGGGAAGGCCUUUAGUGUUAAUGGAAGUCUUAGUAGGCACCAGAGGAUCCACACAGGAGAGAAGCUCUAUCAGUGCCAGGAGUGUGGAAUGGGGUUUAGCUGUAGUUCUGCAUAUACGCACCAGAGAGUUCACACUGGAGAGAAACCUUAUGAGUGCAGUGACUGUGGGAAAGCUUUCAAUGUUAAUGCAAAAUUAAUACAGCAUCAGAGAAUCCACACUGGAGAAAAACCUUAUGUAUGCAGUGAGUGUGGGAAAGGCUUUAGGUGCAGCUCUCAGCUUAGGCAGCAUCAGAUUAUCCAUACUGGAGAGAAGCCCUAUCAGUGUAAAGAGUGUAGAAAAGCCUUCAAUAAUAAUGCAAAACUCAUUCAGCAUCAAAGAAUUCACACAGGUGAGAAGCCCUAUGGAUGCAAUGAAUGUGGAAAAGCCUUCAGUGUCAAAGGGAAAUUAAUCCAGCACCAGAGAAUCCACACUGGUGAGAAACCAUAUGGGUGUAAUGAGUGUGGGAAGGCUUUCAGGUGUAACUCUCAGCUUCGGCAGCAUCUGAGGAUCCAUACUGGGGAGAAGCCCUACAAGUGUGAUGAGUGUGGAAAGGCUUUCAAUGUCAAUGCAAAACUAAUGCAACAUCAGAGAGUUCACACUGGAAAGAAACCAUUUGAAUGUAAUGAAUGUGGGAAAUGCUUUACUUCUAAAAGAAACCUACUUGAUCAUCACCGAAUCCAUACUGGAGAAAAGCCUUAUCAGUGCAAAGAAUGUGGCAAAGCUUUCAGUAUCAAUGCCAAGCUAACUAGACAUCAGCGAAUACAUACUGGAGAGAAACCUUUCAAAUGUAUGGAAUGUGAAAAGGCAUUCAGCUGUAGCUCUGACUAUAUUGUACACCAGAGAAUUCAUACUGGAGAAAAACCCUUUCAGUGUAAGGAGUGUGGAAAAGCCUUCCAUGUUAAUGCCCAUUUAAUUCGGCAUCAGAGAAGCCACACUGGGGAGAAACCUUUCCGAUGUGUAGAGUGUGGCAAAGGCUUCAGCUUUAGUUCUGACUGUAUUAUACACCAGACUGUCCACACUUGGAAAAAACCUCAUGUGUGUAAUAUCUGUGGGAAAGCUUUCAGGUUUACCUUCCAACUUGGUCAGCAUCAGAGUAUCCAUAAUGAAGGAAAAUCUUAGUAAUGAGAGGGAUGUAGGAGCUCUGAAAAUUAAUGCUGAAAUGGAUCAUGAAUCAUCAGAUUCACCUUGGAGGAAUUCUCUGGGAGGGAAGUGAAUGUGGCAAAGUCUUCACAUGGAAACACAUCUUUUCCCAUUUUAUUCAAUUUUUAAUGAAUAUCACCAGUUAAAAAAUAACAUUUUGUACCACCAACCAACUAGAAAGUAUUGGGGGGAA